AUGAAAAACGACAAGGAAGCUGAAGUGUUUCCACAUCCAGAUACCGUGUAUCAUGAUGAGAAUGAUGACGAUGAUGAUGAUGAUGAUGAUGAUGAUGAUGAUGAUGAUGAUGAUGAUGGUGGUGGUGGUGGUGGUGAUGAUGAUGAUGAUGAUGAUGAUGAUGACGAUGAUGAUGAUGAUGAUGAUGAUGAUGAUGAUGAGGAUGAUGAUGAUGAUGAUGAUGAUGAUGAUGAUGAUGAUGAUGAUGAUGAUGAUGAUGAUGAUGAUGAUGAUGAUGAUGAUGAUGAUGAUGAUGAUGAUGAUGAUGAUGAUGAUGAUGAUGAUGAUGAUGAUGAUGAUGAUGAUGAUGAUGAUGAUGAUGAUGGUGAUGAUGAUGAUGAUGAUGAUGAUGAUGAUGAUGAUGAUGAUGAUGAUGAUGAUGAUGAUGAUGAUGAUGAUGAUGAUGAUGAUGAUGAUGAUGAUGAUGAUGAUGAUGAUGAUGAUGAUGAUGAUGAUGAUGAUGAUGAUGAUGAUGAUGAUGAUGAUGAUGAUGAUGAUGAUGAUGAUGAUGAUGAUGAUGAUGAUGAUGAUGAUGAUGAUGAUGAUGAUGAUGAUGAUGAUGAUGAUGAUGAUGAUGAUGAUGAUGAUGAUGAUGAUGAUGAUGAUGAUGAUGAUGAUGAUGAUGAUGAUGAUGAUGAUGAUGAUGAUGAUGAUGAUGAUGAUGAUGAGGAUGAUGAUGAUGAUGAUGAGAACUGA